CACUUCCUGCCUGAACAACAUGCCCCCUUAUCGAGCUGCAGUUUCAACCACAACUGGACUGUUAGAAGCAUCCAAACAGACUAUCAUCUCAUCGCUGCUGUUGAAGACAUCAUGGCGAGUAAAGCUGUACACGAGUGCACUAUUGAGAUUGAGAAUAAGUGCUCUGAGUUCACCCUGUGUAACCCUCAGGUGUACACUAAAAGUGGUUUCUGUAAGAGUCCUCUGCCACCAACACUUGGCCCGUCUGAAUCCGGCAAAGCUCAGUUCAACAAGACUUUUUUCUCGACAAGUGGAGCUGUUGGAGUCUUCACUUACGAUCUCCAGAAUAAGACCAGUGACGAAUGCCUUGAAAAAGUGGCUGUCAUGUUCUCUGCCCCUUAUGGCUUCAACAUGUACUCAAACAAGUAUGCAGUGGGAGUCUUUGACAAUGAUAAAAAGUGUGAUCGCAGACUUUUUUAUGAGAUGUGUUACAUCAAGCACCCACAGCCAGGGUUUGUCAGAGGUAAAGCUAAAGACUCACAAAGUCUGACUCACAAAGGUGAACGUGUUACCAUCCGAGCCACCAUGUCAGACGGUUACAUAUCUGUUGUCAAGGUACAGGUGUGCAUCAAAUGAAAUAUGAAGCAUCACGGAAAACCGAGAGCUUGGUGACCGUGACGAGAUUAACAUCACUUACUAUACCUUUAAACCAUGUAAACCUAUUCUGGUUUAACCUAUAAAUACAAUUAUGAAUCUUAAAAAGGAGCAUAAUAAAAGGUCUUUAACUCAAAAGAUUAAUCAACUUUCAUUUUAUAAUGUCACGUUUAUUUCUCGACAUUAGUUUAUCUUUAUAUAUCUGAAUCUGUGUAUGAACUGUUGUCUCUGUCUGGUUACAAUGUUUUUAUUAAUUUAAUAACAUGUGUGUAUCCUUCAUAUAAUCACUCGGGUCUGAAAAU